UUGAAUCCUUGCCGCCUAUUUUGCAGGUCGUAUACCCUUGUCGAGAGCCAUAGACCAAGUACUUAGUCCAUCCCGAUGUCGCUCCUCAUCCUCUCCAGCUCCGAUGUCGAGCAAAUCACCUCCAACUUCCCCAUCUCACUCUUACAAUCCCUCAUGGCCCAAGUCUUCCACACACUCUCUUCAUCCUCCGACUCCUCUGAUCCAUCAGAAAAGAGUAUCGACACACCCCAUCGCACCACGAUCGCCAUGUCCUCGCACCACGCGCUCUUCAUGCCCUCACGUAUCGCCUCACUCGGGACUACGAUAAAAGUGGUCUCAGUGCCUACGAAUCCGAAGGAUACGAGGGGAUUACCGGCGAGUACUUUCGUUAUGGAUGAGGAGACGGGACGGGUGAAGGCGGUGGUCAAUGCGGGGGGGUUGACGGCUGUAAGGACUGCGGCUGGGUCGCUGCUCGCUACUACGCUUUUGUAUCCGACAGAUGUGUACAAGCCCACGAAUGUCGUAGCGUAUGGCGCUGGUCAACAGAUCAAAGCACACGUUGAUCUACUGCUCAAGACAUACACUUCCAUCACGAACGUCACAAUCGUCAACCGGACACAAAACUCACGGCUCGCAUCCCUCGUGUCAUGGCUACACAUCCAACAUCCAAACGUCUCGUUCACUUGCUCCUUCAUUUCCACAAACGUCGAUUCAUUAACAACAUCGUCUGCUUCGCUCGCCGUAGCUCCAUCGUCCGAUCUCCCAAAAAUUCUGAAAGAAGCAAAUAUCAUCGUGACGGCCACAUCCUCUACGACUCCACUCUUCCCAUCAGUCCAUGUCUCUAGCGGGACGCAUAUCAUCCUAGUCGGAAGCUACAAACCCACAAUGCACGAGAUCGAUACCGAGCUCGUUCACCGAGCUCACGGAGCCAUCGUCGUCGACUCUCGCGAAGCGUGUUUCGUCGAGGCCGGAGAAUUUAUCGACGCGGGGGUCACGACUCAGGAGAACGGCGUGGUCGAGGUCGGAGCGCUCGUGCGUUCGAUAGAGGGGCUCGGACGGAGCGGUGGCGAGUGGGCAUGGGAAAGAGAUGGGGAGAGGUGCGAGGCGUUGAGGAAGAAGGGGGAUGUAACGAUUUGGAAGUCUGUGGGUGUGGGCGCGCAGGAUGUCGCGAUUGCGGCGGCUGUGGUGAAGAGGGCGGAGGAGACGAAUGUUGGGACGGUCGUAGAUGGGUACGAUCUUUGAUUCUGAAAGUACUUGUGUGGCACCUUGAUGGGUGGCGAGGAUAGGGGCUAAUGAGCUACGCCGCGCACCGCCCAAAGAAAAGAUUCGGGUUAUGCAUAUGGGAGAGAAUAAAGACGAGUUAGUUUCCG